AUGAAAAGAAGCGUAACGGAUAAGUGGAUUACACGUGAUGAGAAUGGCAGCAUUAUGAGCGAGUGCUUAACAAAGAGUUGGACAGGUAAAAGAGACAAAUUAUUGCGUCGUAAUGAUGGAGCUGGAGAAGCUUGGCAUCGAGAAGUAAACAUAUCACCGGAAGGUAGUAAGACGUUCCUUGAUCAUAAACGCUAUUAUACUCGAGAUUACGUGAUUGAGAGCCAGUAUUCUGCGGUAUUCUUUUUAUUAUCGUUGUUUUGCAUACAUCCUUUACAGAGUGAAACGCGCAAUGCAUGA